AUGAGGACUUUACUGGUGGCGGGAGCCAUUUUUGUGUUUCUUUGUGUUGCUGAUAUUCACGGAGAUGUCACCACAACAAAACCCAAAUCACAGAAUAUAGAUUACAUUUCACUGCUGGAGAAAGGAAUAGCAAACCUCAUGAGUAACGUAUCUACACAGGGGAUUCCAAACCUCUCGGACCUUACGUCGCUCUUCCCCAAGAUGGACGUACAAAAUUUUCUUAAGAUAUUACAAAGGUUAAAUGUUUCCAUUCCAACGCAAUCACAAUCAUACGCGGCUCUGAAUUUCCUGAACAGCUCUUUGAGCAGAUUGAAACCAAUAGGAGAAUCAAUCCAGUCAAGUUUCCAGGCAAGCCAGAACUAUCAGAAGAUGCUGAGUCCAGCAUGUAAUGCAGCCAUGGGAACGUUGGGCUCUCAGCUUUUAUCUCAGAAGCAGUGGGCAUUGCAGAUGAUUGACUCGUGGGGUAAACCGCGAGCCGGAUUACUUGAAGGAAACAUUAAAUGGCGUGGAAUGUAUGACGAGUGUAUGGACACAGUGGCAGAAGUUGACGGGAAAAUCGCAUUUGAGACAAAUUCGUGUGGUGCGAACAUCCCUACACCCCUAAUGGGUCCGACUGGAAAAGUAGAGAUAAUCAUAGGAAUGUGUCUACCGUCUGCCUGUGUCAAUGGAGACCCAUAUCUCAUUGCCGACUCAUUUCUGUCAUUCAUCCCGACCACUCCAAAACUUACAACGAAUUUUGCCUGGUGUCAAACAGAGCCGGAUUACGACCUCAGAACAACAAUAACAAUAUGUGUAUGCGGUGCCUUCCUUGCUCUGAUCACGUUGGCGACUUUAUUCGAGAUACUCGUUGUUCAUCCAUACCAAAAGAACAUCAGUAAAAUUCCUGUUUUAUCUGAUAUUACUGCGAGUAAACCGACUCCAGAAGAUGUAAAAGAUGUAAAAGUAGAUAUUCCUAUGAAACCUGGUGUUAUACAAACGAUGGACCAUAAGCCAGCAGUCGCUACUAAAUAUAAAGGACUGUGCUCCAAGUUGCUCCUGUCCUUUUCGGCUUGGUCGAAUGGGAGGAAGCUGCUCAAUGCGGAACAAGCUGGGGGAAGCAUGGGAGCUAUCAAUGGUAUCCGCUUCUUCAGCAUGUCAUGGGUUAUUUUGGGACACACCUACAUAUUCCUUCUUUUACAGCAAGCUAUGGUGAAUGCAUAUCCAUUUGCAAAAAGGAUGCUGGAAAGGAGGACGUUUAUGGUUAUAACCAAUGGUCUUUUGUCUGUAGACACUUUCUUUACGCUGAGCGGCCUGUUAUUGGCGUACGUGUUUAUGAAGGAGAUGAAGAGAGAAAAAGGUCGCAUCAACUGGUUCAUGUUCUACUUCCAUAGGUUCUGGAGGUUAACUCCUCCCUACAUGCUGGUGAUGAUGCUCGAUAUCGUGUUGUUCCGUUACCUUGGUGACGGACCGAUGUGGACCCCAGAUGGUUUGGAAACAGACUACUGUAAAGAAUCAUGGUGGACAAAUCUUCUUUACGUGAACAAUUUUGUAAAAACAGAUAAAACGUGUUUCGGCUGGGCCUGGUAUCUUGCCAAUGACAUGCAGUUUUACUGGAUCAGUCCAGUGAUUCUUGUUCCUUUGUAUUUCUCAAAGAAGAUCGGGAGUGUGAUUGCUUUCUUAUUCUUAUUGGGAACAACAAUUGCAAGUGGAAUAGUAUCUAAACACUAUGAGCUACCCUCCACACAGUACUCCAUCGUACCUAAUCCACACAGCGGUGCAUACUUCAAUAAGUAUUACAUCAAGCCCUACUGUCGCAUGGGACCCUACAUUGUCGGUAUCAUGGCGGGUUAUAUCCUCUACAGGACAAAAGGCAAAUAUAAGAUCAAACCGCCAGUGAAUGUUUUCAUAUGGAUUGUGAUCACGGUUGUGGCCUGCCUGGUUACCUAUGGUCCUUACGAAGAGACUAUGGGGAAUUGGAUGAGUGUUGAUGUUGCCGCCCUUUAUAAUGCUACUCACAAGUCGUUGUGGGGAGUGUGUGUAUCCUGGGUCAUAUUCGCAUGCGUGACCGGAAAUGGCGGGUUCAUUAACACAUUUCUGUCCUGGAGUCCAUUCAUCCCCCUUGGCCGUUUGUCCUACUGUGCCUACCUUGUCCAUCCCAUUAUCAUGUUCGUGUACAUGAGAUCCCUCAGGCAGGCUGUGUACGCCACGGAUUUCGUCAUGAUCUAUCUUUUCCUUGGGCAUCUGGUGACAGCAUAUCUUGUGGCUUUUGUUGUAUCACUGGCCUUCGAGUCUCCAAUGAUGGGUCUGGAGAAAGCUAUAUUUCGUCGUGGAGAAAAGAAAAAACAAUAACUAUUAUCACUACAACGAUGGACGCAUCACAAUGAAAAGAGAUGUAUGUAACGUGUUUAUCUUUUUUUCUGUCAUUUAAACAAAAGGCAGAAGAUGACGCUAUGCUGCAAACAGCAAACGUACAGUGGUACAAAAGGUGUGUCAGAACAAAGUGAUAAAAUAUGUAUUGUUGGGUAUUAUAUUACUACAGAAACAUGGCAUUGAUAUUUGCACAUUAUAGUCACAAUGAUCAACAGGUAUGUAUAGUGGUAGCUUCAAUUAUUGAAAUAACAUAAAAAAAUCUUAUUCAAUUUGCGUUAUAAAUAUAUGUGGCAAGCUUUCUUAUAGUAUUUUGCACUAGUAGACAAUAUAAAAUGUAUCAUUAUCACGUAAUUCUGUGCGCAAUAGUAAUAUGGAUGUAAAUAGUUCGAUGUAAUGUAAUUUGAAUAAAUAAAAUCAUUGAUGUCGGAUUUGGAACCAAUCUAGCUGUAGAGAAUCUUGGGAAAUAACUUGCAUUUACUGAUUUAUUAGAUAGGAACUGUUAUAUGGAUGCUGGUGGUACAAUAAUGCGAUUUUUUUUAAGAAUACAAAAUAAAAUACUUAUUUGAAAAAGAACUGCAAAAGGUGUAUCAUUAAAAGCAUUGAACAAUAUUUCGGAAGCAAUAAUGCCGGACAUAUUUUGGCUUGACAUGGUUGCAUCACUGUACAAUAGCACUAGAAAUAUACCACAGAAAUGUUUAAGUUUUAUCGUUUUUAAAUAAAAUAUAUUUGUAUACAUGA